AUGGAUAAUCAAACUCAAGUUACCGAAUUCAUCCUUUUAGGAUUCCUUGGCAAUCCAUGGCUUCAGAAAUUACUCUUUGUCAUUUUUUUGUUGAUUUAUUUGACCACCCUUAUUGGCAAUUUAAUGAUUACUUUGGCUAUAAGAGUUGAUCCUCACCUUCACAGUCCCAUGUAUGUCUGUCUUUCUUAUUUGGCACUUCUUGAUAUUGCUUUUUCCUCAGCCACAGUUCCUAAAAUGCUAAAAGACUUCCUUUCAGAGAGGAAGGCAAUCUCACUUCAGGGUUGCUUUACCCAGGUCUUCUUUAUCAUGAGCCUUUCUGUGGGAGAGGGUCUUCUCCUUUCUGUGAUGGCCUACGAUCGGUUCACAGCCGUGUGCCAUCCUUUGCACUAUGCAGUGAUGAUGAGGAAACAGGUUUGUGCUAUCCUGAUAAGCAGUGCAUUGUUCACAGGCUUUCUCUAUGCUCUACUUAAUACCCUUCUGCUGACCACUUUACAAUUCUGUGGACCCAAUGUCAUUCAUCACUUCAGCUGUGAGGUCCCACAACUGUUCAAACUUUCCUGUAGCAACACCUUUGCAAACCAGAUGGUGAAUAUUACUCUUGGUUCACUGUUAGGGAUGGGGUCACUACUCAUUAUACUGGCCUCCUAUAUUCAUAUCAUAUCUUCUGUUUUUAGGAUCCAGUCCAUGGAAGGAAAACACAAAGCCUUCUCUACUUGCACAUCUCACAUGAUUGUUGUUGUGCUGUAUUAUGGAACUAUUUUUUUUAGAUACCUGAAGCCUACCUCCAAAGAUGUUGAGGAUCAGGAAAUUGUACCAUCUAUUGUUUACUUGAUUGCAACACCCAUGCUAAAUCCCAUAAUCUACAGUCUCCGUAAUCAAGAAGUGAAAAGGACAUUCAUUAACAUGAUGCAGAGAGUAAUGAAAAAGGAAAGUGUGUGA